UGGCUCGCAACAAGUGGUGAAAAGUUUCAGACCCCCUCCCCUGAAUGUUUUUGUUGGGGGAAAAGUUGUUGGUAGUUAGGUCGUGUGAAUGUAGCGUGUCCGUCGUUUUUUUCACCCCUCGGUAGCAGGGGGAAUGCGAGUUUUUAGCCUUCGUACAGUCGAAGAACGAACUUUUAAGCAGGGUUUUAACGCUUUACGUCCUCCGGCUCGGACUGAAAAUCUCAGUGGCCAUCAUCGUUUCACCUCUGCCGUCUCGUUAGCCUCCUAGCUCUGCUAGCUAACUACCCAACAAAGUUAACGCUACCUCGCCUCAUAGUGUGUUUCUUUUCAGGUUGAGCAAAAGCAAACGUAGAGAUGGCGGAAACCAAAAUAAUUUAUCAUAUAGACGAAGAGGAGACGCCGUAUUUGGUGAAGAUACCCAUUGCUGCCGAAAAUAUAACUUUGCUGGAUUUUAAACAGGUCUUGAACAAACCAAACUACAAAUUCUUCUUCAAGUCUAUGGACCAAGACUUCGGGGUGGUGAAGGAGGAAAUUUCCGAUGAUAGCGCCAAGCUGCCAUGCUUCAACGGCAGAGUGGUGUCAUGGCUGGUAUCUUCAGACACUCCAGCAGCAGAGCCUCCGGUGGCAGUGGUGCCCCCUGUGGAAGCGACUACCCAGCCGUCACCUCCUCCGCCGCCUCUACCGCCCCCACCUGCAGAGAGGACCGGGGGCAUCGGGGACUCCCGGCCGCCCUCCUUCCAUCCCAAUGCUACUGGCAGCGUAGAGACGUUGGACGACCAGACUGAAACGGAGUCGGUAGUUUCCUUCAGGAGAGAGAGACCUCGGCACAGGGAGAGCAUGGAACAGCACGGGCCUCGUAUGAAUGGACAGAGUCGUCUGGAGCGCCACCUGGCAGGAUAUGAGAGCUCCAGCACAGUGAUGAGCAGCGAGCUGGAAACCACCAGCUUCUGCGACUCUGAGGAUGACGACACCAUGAGCAGGUUCAGCAGUGCAACAGAGCAGAGCACAGCCUCGAGGCUUCUUAAGCGGCACCGUCGACGGAGGAAACAGCGCCCCCCACGCCUGGAGAGGGCCUCCUCCUUCAGCAGCGUGACCGAUUCAACAAUGUCCCUGAACAUCAUCACCGUCACGCUCAACAUGGAGAAGUACAACUUUCUGGGAAUCAGCAUUGUGGGACAGAGCAAUGAAAGGGGCGAUGGAGGCAUCUACAUUGGCUCCAUCAUGAAAGGAGGCGCUGUGGCUGCAGAUGGACGCAUCGAACCUGGUGACAUGCUGUUGCAGGUGAAUGACAUAAACUUUGAGAAUAUGAGCAAUGACGAUGCAGUGCGGGUGCUGAGAGAGAUUGUACACAAGCCAGGGCCAAUCAUCCUCACAGUGGCCAAGUGUUGGGACCCGUCUCCUCAGGGCUACUUCACUCUGCCUCGCAAUGAACCGAUCCGACCCAUCGACCCAGCAGCAUGGGUCAGUCACUCUGUGGCUAUGACUGGGGCUUACCCUCCCUACCCAGGCAGCUCCUCCCUCAGCACCAUCACCUCCUCCUCCUCCGUCACCGAGACUGAACGUUUUGAUGACUUUAAUUUAUCGCUGCAUUCUGAUAUGGCAUCCGUUGCCAAGGCGAUGGCCUCACCAGAGUCGGGCCUUGAGGUCAGGGACCGCAUGUGGCUUAAAAUCACCAUCCCCAACGCUUUCCUCGGCUCAGACGUAGUGGAGUGGCUGUUCCACCACAUCGAAGGCUUCCAGGACCGCCGUGAAGCCAGGAAGUACGCCAGCAACCUGCUGAAGGCCGGCUUCAUUCGACACACUGUCAACAAGAUCACCUUUUCCGAACAGUGCUACUACGUCUUCGGAGACUUGAGCGACUGUGAGAAUUACAUGGCAAAUCUUUCUCUAAAUGACAACGAUGGCUCCAGUGGAGCCUCAGACCAGGACACCUUGGCCCCGCUGCCUCUCCCUGGGGCCUCGCCAUGGCCCAUGAUGCACACCUUCCCCUAUCAGCCCUACCCAACACAUCCCUACUCGAGCCAGCCACCUCCGUACCACGAGCUCACCAGCUACAGCUAUGCGCCUGGCAGCACCGGCAGCCAGCACAGUGAAGGGAGCCGAAGCAGUGGAUCGACGAGAAGUGAGGGCGAGCGACGUCGCAGCAGUAAAGGCCCUGGCAGCACCGUCGGUGGAGGGGAGAAAUCCCCCUCUGGAGGAGGCGGAGAAGGCGGCGGGGCGGACUCGCGUUCCGGUAGCGGCAGUGAAUCAGAAUACUCCACCCGCAGCAGCCUGAGGCGUGGCCACGGGUCGGCCGCCCCCAGCGAACACAGCCACGCCUCCUCCCAGCGCUCACAUCACCACCGCAUGCCCCAGCCGCCCCACAUGUCUCCCUACCCGCCAGGAAUCCUCCCGUACAACCCCAUGAUGGUGAUGAUGGUACCCCAGCACCCGCAUCCGGCCAUGGCAACCGCUCACGCUCUCCCACACGCACAGCAGCUAUCGACAGCUCCCAUGCACCCAGCGUUACCCCCGCCGCCCUCCUCCACUCCAGGGGGGCCUCCCGGUGCCCCGCCCACUCGUGACCUAGGCUCCGUACCCCCAGAGCUGACCGCAUCGCGCCAGUCGUUCCACCUCGCCAUGGGCAACCCCAGCGAGUUCUUUGUGGAUGUCAUGUAGUUUUGCUGUCUUGGUGUCGAGUGACCAUUCAUGUGAAGUUAGUGUACGGUUCCCACUUCUUUUGAUGAGGAUCUGGUGGUAGCUUGUUGACCUCACAGGUGCCUAUUGGAUUGAAGGCACUUGUUACAAAUUUGGUGAAACAGGGUUUUAAAAUGACAAAGAAAGAUGAGACAGAAUUCGUAGAUAAUUGAUGUGGGACACAGUCUGACCAGAUGUGUCUACAAGGUCUAGUUUUGGCUUUACAGAUUCACUAAAUAAGUCAGUUUAUUUUGUCAAUAACCCAAAAAGAGUGGUUGUACUUCCUUCUGUCAGUUGUAAAGUUGUUUGUUUUCUUCAAAAAAACAAACUCAGUACAGUAUUUGCAGGGCCUCUGGUUACUGCAGUCAUCAGAAUAGAUCUGUACUAUUAAUGCAGGGGAACCACGUUCCCAAAUUGGUCUCAGAGCUGCUCAUCCAGGAAACACACACCACAAAUUAACACUAGAGGGUGCCAGGUACACCGUGUACUUGAAAAGGAUACAGUCCUGAAUAUAUGUCGGGAUUUUCAUGCCAGAUGUAUUGGCAGGUGUAUAUCGAGUGCCUUACUUUUUCCAUUUUUAGACAUUUUCACACUCCAGGUACAUAAAAUAUUUCACUUUAUUCCAGCAUUGUCUGACAAUGAAAGUCUUUGUAUAUAUCUACUCCUUCUAUGUAAAUGAAACCGUACGGAACAGCAGGCUCUAAUGUGAAAAGAAAAUAGGUCCAAAAACGUCAGAGGAACUUGAGUUUAGUAAUCACUGUCUAGGCCUAGUUAUCGAAUCGCUCCUGGUUUGAGGAGUAUCGUGGUUUUUGGUAGAGGCUUGAUGGUCCUUGUGGUACUAGUCGGUGAGAAGAGGCUGAAAGCGGUACUUUUUGAUUACAUGGAGUGUAUAUCUUCAGUAACUGACCCACAUGCCCCAGCUCUCCGUGCUUUUUUUUUAUGUUACUGACUCGCAUUAUUCACCCAUUUCAUUUUGUAUGAGUGACUAUAUAAAUCAUGUAUAACCCAACUGUUAAGGUGCUAAAUGAAGAGUCAACAUUUCAGAAAAGAUUGACGCUGACAAUGUCACUUUGUUUGAUUUCAUAUUGCCACCUUUGCUUGUGUAUUUGAGAAUAAAUUUGAUACAUACUUAC